UACUACUUUGUGUGAUAAGACAUGAAAUGCUAGUGAAAUCGUGGGAUGUUCUACUUAUGUCCACCUUUUAUCAUGCCAAUUGAAAGUCACACCAUGACAUAGUUGACUACUCGAUUCUGGUUGCGCUGGAAGGGAAGUCAGUUCGAUCCAUUUUUAUCCAGUCCGUGAGACAUGUUCCGUUCUCCAUAACUUUUCGCUCCUUCUGUCAUUCCAAAGCACACGGGAACAACAGACACUGAAAUACAACCGGACUUUGUAUACCAGCUCACUUUUCCCUUCUCCUACUGAUAAUGCUAUCCGAUGAGGAGCCGAGUUUAGUUUAUUACAGCGAGAGGCAUCUGACUUCACUUACACGCGUGACUCACAGUGCUUCUUGGACCAUGUAUCAUGGAACGGGCCCAGAUAGAUCCAGUCCCCACUGUCGACAAGAUCUUGUGGAAUUAUUAAGGAAUAAUUCAUGAUCCAAAUGUAAUCAGGGGCAUUUCCACUCCCAAUCUGUGUUUGUUAACGGUUCCUAAAAGAUUAGAGUAUUACAGUAGUUUUGUGUUUCCCUGAUUUCAUAUGUGUGUGGAAUGUUUUCCUCAGGUCUCCACACUGUUGUAGGCGGUGAGGGAUUGGUUCAGUGUAGUACAGGCUGAUGUCUUGUAAUCCAACAACCAUUAUAAACUGGGUGAUUCGAGCCCUGACUGCUGAUUGGCUGAAAGCUGUGGUAUAUCAGACCGUAUGCAAUGGGUAUGACAUUUACAUUUUCUUUUUACGGCUUUAAUUAUGUUGGUAACCAUUUUAUAAUGCCCCUCAGGGGUUUGUGAUAUGUGGCCAAUAUACCACGGCUAAGGGCUGUGUCCUAGCACUCUGCGUUGUGUCGUGCCUAAGACCAGCCCGAGCUGUGGUAUAUUGGCCAUAUACACCACACCGCUUCGGGCCUUAUUGCUUAACUAUACUAGUGGUUGUAGGAUUUCGACAAUACAUUCGUUUGUUACAUAGCUUAAGUCCUGUGAAUGUGACAGUGUGCUGUUUAAUCAACUGCAGAUGGGCCAGGAUAUCAAGGAGUUUGCUUGGGUUCUCCCUCUUGGGAAAGGCCCUACUUUUAAGCCAGGGCUCUUUUGGUUCCGUCCCAAAUGGCAUCCUAUUCCCUGUGUAGUGCACUACUUCGGGUGCCAUUCUGUCUGAAUGCGAGCCACGAUAAAGGAAGUUUUCAGCAGCGUUGAAUCGCUGAGGGGAAGGGAGCGGAUUGCCCGCUGCUCUGAGCAGAGUUCAAGGCUUCACUCCACCCUCCCCGGCACACGUGGUGUACGGUAAACACACUCACAUGACAUCAGCCUGCUCAUUCUCUCUGGACAUAGUUGUGUACAGGUUUUGUCUUCACCUAGUAUUUAGUCUCCCACACACACACGGUCGGGUUAUUUUUCUAUUUAAUUGCUAUGCUAUUCUUUUGCACUUUCACUCUAAUUAUAUCUAAACUGGCUCACUGAACUAUUCAGACACAAAAUAGAGAGAAAUUGGCAAAUGGAAAAUUGGCAGCAGUCAGACCGUCCUUAUAUAGCAGUGCUGGAGAGUGUUCCUGCACAGUGCCUUUGACUUCGAGAUGGACAGUAUUAUUCUUAAUCCGGUCCGGCCUGAUCACACAGCCAUGCUGGACGAAGCACAGUUGGAUAUACUGGGUCAGCGGUUGGGAAAGAAGUCCCGGUCGGUUUGGGAGAGGGUGAAGGCAGAAUGCUGGUGUUCUGGUCCCAGGCUGAAGAGCUGCAUGUUGUCAUCUGUUCCUGUCCUCUCCUGGCUGCCCCGCUACUCCCUCAGAGACAACGCCAUCGGAGACCUGAUUUCGGGCGUCAGUGUGGGUAUCAUGCACCUACCCGGAGGCCUGUCUAAUGCGUUGCUGGCCGGGGUGCCGCCUGUGUUUGGUCUCUACACCUCUUUCUAUCCGUCGGUCAUCUACUUCAUCUUUGGGACGUCCAGACACCUCUCAGUGGGUACUUUCGCCAUUCUCUCUAUCAUGAUUGGCACUGUGACGGGCAAUGUGGAGUUGCUUAGCAACGGUGUCGAGGAGCGGGAGGGCGAUGGAGGGAUGGCUCGAGUGUGUGUGGCAGUACAACUUACCUUCCUUUGUGGCCUUAUACAGAUAGUGUUGUUCUUGAUGAGAGGAGGGGAUGUGUGUCACUGGCUGUCUCAGCCCCUGGUGAGUGGCUAUACCACGGCGGCAGCCCUUCAUAUCACCAUCUACCAGCUGCCUCUACUCUUUGGCAUCCCGACCCACAGACACAGCGGUUUCCUGGCUGUAGGCUGGACGCUGGUUGAUGUGCUGUCUAGAGUGACUAACGCAACGCCUGGGACGCUGGUUGUCUCCGCCAUCUCCAUGGUGAUCCUGGUGGGAGGCAAGAUGCUGAAUAGACUCUUCAAGACCAAGCUACCCAUGCCCAUUCCAUGGGAGCUAGUGCUGAUAACGCUGGCCACCUUCCUGUCAGUGCAGUUGGACUUGUCAGGACAACAUGGUGUCCAGGUAGUAGGACACAUACCCACUGGCUUGUCACCCCCAGCCCUCCCCUCUCUAGCCCAGGCCAAACAGCUGUUUGGUCCUGCUCUGUCCCUGGCUGUGGUGGGCUUUGGCUUUACCUCCUCCAUGGGCAGAAUGUUUGCACACAGACAUGAUUACGCCAUAGACAGCAACCAGGACCUGUUGGCGAUAGGACUCUGCAACACAAUUGGAGGGAUGUUCCACUGUUUUGCCGUCAGCUGCUCGUUGUCACGCAGUACGGUCCAAGAAAGUAUUGGGGUGAAAACUCAGGCGGCUGGGCUUCUCUCUGCUCUGAUGAUGCUCACCAUCUUGCUGAAGAUUGGACAUCUCUUUGAGCAGCUGCCAAUAGCAGUGUUAGCAGUGGUCAUUGUGGUAAAUCUGCAAGGAAUUCUGGGUCAGUUUCGGGAAGUCCCAGUGCUCUGGGCAUCUGACCGUUUGGACCUGCUGGUGUGGGUGUUCACCCUGAUCUUCACCCUGAUUUUCAACCUGGAUCUUGGCCUGGCUGCUGCUCUGGCCCUCUCUCUGAUCACUGUCGUCUACAGGACUCAACUCUCCCACAGUGCAGUGCUGGGUCAUAUUCCUGGGACGGACUGCUACAGGGACCUACGUCUCUAUGCUGAGGCCAGGCCGGUUCCUGGAGUUACUGUAUUCUCCUGCUCCAACCCGCUGUACUUUGCAAAUGCUGAGCUGUUCUUCAGCUCUCUCAGAAAGUCUGUGCAGCGUGUCCAACUGGAGAAUGCAGCCCUCAUUGAGAACCAGCCCUUACCUCAAAUGCAAGGCGCAAGGCACUGUCUGGUGCUAGAGUUUAGCUCAGUCAUCUUCAUGGACUCUAUGUCAAUCAAAGCACUAUGUAAGGUUGUGGAGGAAAUGGAGGAGCAGGGGGUCAGUGUGUUUCUGGCUGCUUGCCCAGACAGGCUGGUGAUCAAGCUGCAGGCCCAGGGCUUUGUCCCAAACACUCUGUCCAGGUCCUGCCUCUUCCCGUCAGUGCACCACGCUGUCCAACACUGCCAGAUAUCGCCUCCCAUGGCUGUGAAUAUGUUCCCUUUUUCUAUAUGCUUUGCUACUGGCCUCGCUACCUCGUGUCCUACGUCUACCAAUGUGUCUGUUAGAAUUAGUCUGUCUGCUUUGUGAUUGUUUUCUACCUCUGCAUUGAUGUUGUUCUUCUGCUCCUGUAGGACCACAACACAGAGCUGAGUGAGUGUUGAUGUGCAGCCUGCAGCUCAUGGAGUGGAUGGGAAAAUGCCACCGUGGAAUUCCUGCCUCAAUCAGAAUACGCAGUAGACUGAACUCCCAGCUCAAGCUGGCGUCGGCGAUAGGACGAUGAAAAUGCUUUCCUUUUGAGCUCCUUCACCAACGCUGUGGUUCAACGUCUUCUUUUGAGCUGCAGACAGCAGAUGGAUUGGAGCCAGCCGGAGUCCGUCUGUCCAUCUCUCUGUCUGCCUCUGUCAGUGUGCCUGUCUUCCAAUCUCUAAAACAUGUCCAGAUCCAACCACCCCCUGCGCCACGAUUAGGGGUGUCUGUGGGGGUUUAAUGGUUGGGCGUCGCUCCUGCACCUCCUCCAAUGAGAUCAGACACUCAUGGGAAGUGGGUGAGCUCGGCUGAUGUCAAUCAAAUCAAAUUGUAUUAGUCACAUGCGCCGAAUACAACAGCUGUAGACCUUACAGUGAAAGGUUUACUUAAAAAAAUAUGAGAUAGAAGUAACAAGUAAUUAAAGAGCAGCAGUAAAAAAUAACAAUAUAUACAGGGGGGUGCGGGUACAGAGUCAAUGUGCGGUGUCACCGAUUGGUUGAGGUAGUAUGUACAGUACAUGUAGGUAGAGUUAAUUAAAGUGACUAUGCAUAGAUAGUCUUAUGGCUGUUUAGAAGCCUCUUGGACCUAGACUUGCCGCUCCGGUACCUCUUGCCAUGUGGCAGCAGAGAGAACACCCAGACAGAAUUGACUGUCAUUCGUUGUUUGUAUCAUCGUUUCAAUUUCCAUUGCAGGCCAACUGUAUUACUGGCAUUGCCUGGGUGGGUUUGUGCUACACAGAAAUAAAUAAGGACCGAACUGACUCGCCCUCUUGUGACAAUGUAGUUCAGGAGGGCACAUUUGGAUGCUUUUCUCAACCUCGGUCAGUGAAAGGUUGUACAGGUUAUGACUUCAGUCCACAUGCUGAUAGCCCACUGCGGUUAUGUUGUUGAACUACGAGACCAUACUGUCAGGUCUUUCAUUCUGCGGUGUGUUUUAGAAGACUUGGAAACAGAAGUUGUCUCCCAUAAAAGCUUUAUUGAAGCAA